AGCACGGUGUCCGAUUCAAAACCCCCGGAAGUCGGCUUUCUCGUUUCCGGUCUGGCCGGGAAAGGACCGGGAGCCGAGGGCCGGGGGAAAGGAGGCAGCGGCGGCGUCCCUCCCGUCGGCUGCGUCGGCUGGACGUCCCGCGCGCUCUCGUGCGUAGCCUGGUGGGGCCUGGCCCGGGUUUCCCGCCUCUCCGCCCGUGGGCCCCCAACCCGGAAGUGCGGGUCGCAGCUUCCGGCCCGGUCCUCUCCCCCUCCUUCUCCUCCUCCUCCUGCCUCCCUCCCCCUCCCCCCUCCCCCCCCUCGGAGCGGCUCUCCCAAAAUGGCGCCCCUGGACUUGGAUAAGUACGUCGAGAUAGCGCGGCUCUGCAAGUACCUGCCCGAGAACGACCUCAAGCGCUUGUGCGACUACGUCUGUGACCUGCUCCUUGAAGAAUCUAACGUGCAGCCAGUUUCUACCCCCGUUACCGUCUGUGGCGACAUUCAUGGACAGUUUUACGAUUUAUGUGAAUUAUUCAGAACUGGAGGUCAGGUUCCUGACACGAACUACAUAUUUAUGGGUGAUUUUGUAGACAGAGGGUAUUAUAGCCUAGAGACGUUUACAUAUCUUCUCGCCCUGAAAGCGAAGUGGCCUGACCGGAUCACGCUCUUGCGUGGGAAUCACGAAAGCAGACAGAUAACCCAAGUCUAUGGAUUUUAUGAUGAAUGCCAAACAAAAUACGGUAAUGCAAACGCCUGGAGAUACUGCACUAAAGUCUUCGACAUGCUGACAGUAGCAGCAUUGAUAGAUGAACAGAUCCUCUGCGUGCACGGAGGUCUCUCCCCCGACAUCAAAACGCUAGACCAGAUCCGAACCAUCGAGCGCAACCAAGAAAUUCCGCACAAAGGAGCUUUCUGUGACCUCGUCUGGUCGGACCCAGAAGAUGUUGACACCUGGGCCAUUAGCCCUCGAGGAGCCGGGUGGCUUUUUGGUGCUAAAGUCACCAAUGAGUUUGUCCACAUCAACAACUUGAAACUGAUCUGCCGGGCCCAUCAACUAGUACAUGAAGGUUACAAAUUUAUGUUUGACGAGAAGCUGGUAACGGUGUGGUCUGCUCCAAACUACUGCUAUCGCUGUGGAAAUAUCGCCUCAAUCAUGGUCUUUAAAGAUGUAAAUACCAGAGAACCGAAGCUGUUCCGUGCUGUCCCAGAUUCUGAACGUGUCAUCCCUCCGAGGACAACCACACCAUAUUUCCUCUGAAAUACUGCCACUGGCCCUUCCUUCCUUUGUGACAUACAUUCUAUUGAGCACUUUGCUGCUGAAAUGCCUUUUUAUUUUUAAAUUAUCUAAAUGUAUUGUAUAUGGUCUGUAGUGUUGCAUUUCUUAACAUCCCCGUCCCGUCCCGUGCGUCUCCUCCUUUCUAGGGCUUCGGUAAGAAUGCUUUUGAAAUGUCCCACAAGCACUUAACUUGUCAUUUUGUAGUGCUUAUGAUUUUCCUGUUUUUGUUUUUAGGGAAAACUCUUUUAUUUCCCUUCAAAAUAAAAUCAAAUAAAAACAGCAAGACAUCAGAACUAGUCUGAUCUCCUUAUUUCAUUCAGGAGCUGGCUUUGGGGAUUUUUCUUUUCUUUCUUUCUUUUUUCUUUUUUUUUUGGAAUAAAGUUUUUAAGAAAUUUCAGCAGCAAAGUUGAAUUAAUGUGCAUGUUGGGACUUUGUAAGUCCAACUCCAGUGCAUAUACCCAUGCUGUAAAGGUGGGCUGGCCUUGUUUAUAUUUUAAGUCAUAAAUAAGUGGUUUAGAGAAAACUGCCCCUUAUUUUCCUUUUCAGCUUUGUUUUUAUUUCUAGGAUUCAAAGUGAAACAGAAAGCCUAUUACAGGUAUUUGAAUUUGUACAUUAAAAUAAUUGUUCUGAUUUUUCUCAGAUACCUUGUAUUUUUAAUAAAGUAAUAAUCUUGAA